AUGGAGCGCACGAACCCCGGGCACUCAUCAAAAAACAGCAAUGUAACCACCUGCACGUACUACGUCGUUUCAUCAAUCGUCGCUGGCGCCAUGACCCUGUGUGUGGCCCUGCGCCUGUACGUUCGAUUUCGGAUAACCCGGAGUCCGUGGUGGGAUGAUGCAAAUGCUGUUCUUUCCUUGGUGAGCAAUCCUCGGCAUGGUACUAUUAAGCACAUAAUAACCUCGGCUUUCAUCAGUUGUUGGAACCUUCGAGCGUACACUGGCCUGAUCUGGAGAAGUGACUAUUCCCGCCCUUGCUUUAGGUUAGGUAUGGCCAUGGCACUAACCAAAGCAUUGGGAAUUAGUGACGCAGCUAAGCCUCAUCUCCGCAACCAUCGCCCUAAUGGCCAAAACUUCACAAAGAUCACCCUCCUCCUGCUAUACCUGCGGCCCUUCUUCAUAAAGACCGGCCUCAAGGUCGCCAUCUGGAUCGGGCUCGUCUUCUGCAACGCCUAUUCCUUCGCACACGUCUUCGUGUACAAUCUCGUGGACCGCGGGCCCCUCGUGGCCGUCACGCACUCUGUCAGCAUUGUUGGCGCCGUCAGCGACGUGUAUAUCCUCGCAUUGCCCAUGUAUGUCGUCGCCCAGCUACACAUGAGGGCCGCGAAGAAGGGUCGCGUUGCGGCGGUUUUCUUGACGGGGCUUUUGUUCCACUAUACGUCGGAUCAAACGUGGUCUCUGCUGCCGAUCUACAUCGUCCGAAUCGUGGAAACAGGCGUCGGGAUCAUCUGCAGCUGCCUGCCGAUUCUGCCGCCGCUCUUCAAAGCCAAGGAUGACAAGCAGAUGCGAGGCCAGAGGCUGCCAGUCUUCCCCCCGCGCGGCCCGCAGAAGCCGUUGCCGGUGAAUGGGUCGUUGGUGUCCAGCGAGGGAGGCUUCCACGCCGAUAUUCCAAUUUCGAUUGGGACUUUGAAUGAGGCUAGUUCGUCGUCCUAG